CCCCCCGCCUCUGCUGCUGCUGCCGCUGGGCUGCAGGGGUCCCAGCGGCAGCACCGCAGGGCGGCAGGGGGCUCCCCUGCUGCUGAACAGCAGCAGCUGCAGCUGCAGAAGCAGCUGCAGCUGCAGCACCAGCAACAGCUGCAACAGCAGCAGCUGCAGCAUCAGCAGCAACACCUGCAACAGCUGGAGCACCAGCACCAGCAGCCGCACCAGCAGCAGCACCAGCAGCAGCAGCAGCAGCUGCAGCAGCAGGCAGGGCCUGCUGCUCCAUACAUCUACUGCAGCAAAAGUGAAGGUUUGAGGGAAGCAGAGAGCGGCAUCACAAGCUGUGAGGGCCCCCAGGGGCAGCACGGAUCCCGAACACAGAGGCAGCAACAGCAGCAGCAGCAGCGGCAGCAACAGGAGCAGCAGCUGCAGCAGCAACAGGAGCAGCAGCAACAAGAGCAGCAGGAGCAGAGCUGCAGCCGUGUGGGGGAUGUCCUGGAGCAGCAAAGCCUGCAGCAGGACGGUGAAGAGUCUCAGUGGCCCCCAGACUCAGCAGCAGCAGCAGCAGCAGCAGCAGCAGCACCAGGAGGAGGAACAGCAGCUGCACCACCAGGUACUUCACAGCAGCAGCAACAGCAGCGGCAGCAGCAACAGCAGCAGCAGCAGCAACAACAGGAAGAACAAACAACACCUACAAACAGUUUCAGGGGCCCCCAUUCUUACGUGGGGGAUGCAGCAGGCAGAGCGAAUACAGGAGGCCGCCUGCAGCAGCAGCAGCAGCAGCAGCAGCACCAGCCACAGCAGCAGCAGCAGCAGCAGCAGCAGCAGCUGCAGCAGCAGCACGUUGACUUAGGCGUGUGCUAUGGGGGCUGCGCCUUGGGGCCCCCAGGGGCCCCCCCCCUCCCUGCUUAUUACUCGUUAGGGGGCCUCAAUGCUAUGGGGGCCCCCGCUGGAGUGUAUCCGCAGCUGCUGCUAGAACCAUCUGCUUAUAUGCUGCAGCUGCUGCACAAUCACAGCAGCAGCUACGUGCUGCAUGCGGGGGCCCCCAGCUUGCUGUACCCUCCUUCAGGGUUAUCUGUCUUCUAUGGGGCCCCUGGGGGGCCCCCCGGAGGUGUGGGGCCCCCCAGCAGUUUUCUAGCUGCUACACAGGAGGAGCUAAUAGCUGCUGCUCCUCCGUUCUAUGAGGAUUGA